AUGAACGUCGGGGUGCGCGCGGCCAUACUCAGCUGCCAUCGAUCUGGAGCUUUACUCUGGCAAGGCCGCUCAGCCUUCCAUCCUGUGCACCUCCCUGGCAGGCACUCGUCCCUCGAAUUACACAGGCGCCAUCAUACACGCACGCCGUCUCGGACUCGGCAAUUGUCUACCCUCACCGGCGAAGGCAGCAUAACUGCAACGACGGCUCUUACAGUCCUCGUUGGCUUGCCGAUUUCCCUGUGGGCGUACAAGUGCCUGAUGAUGUAUAUCUUUCAGAGGAAGAUCAUCUACAUGGGAUACAUUCCCAUGGGCGCACGUACCGAAACGCUGAAAGACGUGCCUAUCCCCAGCAACGUACACGCGGAACGGAUAGCUGUCUCCGGCGAGAGGAAGGCAUCGCUCUCGGGUGUACUGGUGUGGCACAAAUCUCGAGGCGAAGCAUUGCCAAAGCCUACGACGGUCAUGGUCUACUUCCAAGGCAACGCAGGCAAUACCUUACAGCGACUACCUAAGUUCGCAGCCCUACUUGACGCCGCACCGUCCACUCUCAUCCUCGCAGUCGCCCCGCGCUCGUUCUGGUCCUCCGGAGGCGGCAGACCCACCCAAGCCGGGUUGACAGCCGACUACCUCCGCCUUCUGGCAUACGCCUCCGAGCGCUUCCCUGAUGCGCGCGUCAUCGUAUACGGCCACUCUCUCGGCGCAUCAAUCGCUACAUGCGUGCUCGCGGCGACUCCAGCACCUCAGGUCCAUUCACUCGUGCUGGAGAACUCCUUCGCAUCGAUACCCGACAUGGUCCGAGCUCUAUACCCAGAGCGCUGGCUACCGUACCACUACAUGGGCGAUCUCGUAUGGGAUACGUGGGACGCAGUGGGCGCGGCGGGCGCUUCAAAGCCCGAUUCGGCCCUCGCGCGGGUGAUCAAAACACAGCGGAUGGUCGUGCUAGUCAGCGAGAAGGAUGAGCUUGUGCCGCCGAGUAUGGGUCGUGCCAUUGCGGAGAAGGCUGGGGAUGGUGCGAGAGUGGUAUCCGUGCGCGGCGCGCUGCAUGAGACGGGGUGGACAAGAAAGCAGUGGAAGGAUGAGAUGGGACGAUGGGAUGAGCGGAGGCGGCACAGAGGUGCAGUCCAGCAGACUUCACAUCGUCUUCUACCACCAAGCCAGUUUUUUUCGACAUCUUUCGACUCGCCAUACAUCAUGAAGUUUUGGGUCGCCAUCACAGCUCUUGCUACAUCCGCCAAUGCGACGUCCAUCUUGCCACGGGCGGCUGCAUCCAACGCAUCGCUCUCGAUAGUCCAGCCCACUUAUCUGCAAGACAUCGGUUCGUCGGGAGAUCAAUUUGAGAUCGUUCUCAAGGAGAGUUACAACAGCGCAAACUACAACGUGACGGAAGUCUCCGUCGUCAUCGGCAUCAACCCGUGCGGCGAUGACGAUAUAUGCGGCGAUGCGCCAACGCAGGCCUGGGGCGAUGUCCUAUACAAUGGCCGGAUAACAGGAGGAGAGCUGUCCGUGAAAGCGACGGUUCCGGAGAACUUCUUGGACGGACGCGCGGAUUUCCACGUAUACCAUGUCGCUGUGACCCGGGGCAGUCCGACUGAGUCGGUCAAGCUGUUCACGGAGAUUCAGCAGGUGACGGUUAUCGUCUCACCUUAG